UUUAGUGAACGAUUUAUUCGUUUACAACAUGAAAAUAAAGUUCUUAAACUUAAACAAACUGAAGAUAAUAAUAGUGAACAAGUUCAAUUAUUACAAGCAAACUGUGACGAAUUGAAAGACCGUAAUAAUCAAUUGAAUAACGAUUUAUGGAUGUCAAAUCGAAAGAUUCUUGAAUUAGAAGCAACACUUAAAGAUGCAUCAGUUAUUAGUGAGAAUAGUAGCGAACUUAUUGAACUGAAAAAAACGUUAAAUCGCACAACAGCACGUUGUGAAGAUGAAUUAACACAAGUAAAAAGCCAGUUAGACGAAUUACAAAAACGUUAUGAUAUUGCAGAUCAAAAGUUAAAUGAGAAAGAUAUGUUAUUAAAAACAAAUGCAAAUGAGAUUAAUAGUAUAAACGAAAAAUAUAUUCGAUAUUUAGAAAAAGCGAGAACAGUGAUUCGAUCAGUGGAUCUGCGUAGCAAUCUCUCAAGUAAUACGGAAAUACAAUCGUUACGUAAAGAAUUAAAAGAUAAAGAUCAAUGCAUAAGUGAUUUACAAAGAGAAUAUGAACGACUUAGAGAAACACGAGAAGAUCAAGAAAAACUGUUGAUUAGUGCAUGGUAUUCAUUGGUACGUAUAUAG